AUGCCCGCCGCCCCACGCUCGCGUCUUGUAAACGUCGUCGUCGCACCUCGUGCGCUUCCUAGCUUCGACCUACCUAGCUUCGACCUACCUAGCUUCCAACCUACCUAG